UCACACUUCCCUCUCUCCGUCGGCACCUCUCUCCCCCGCUUCCCUUAUGGCUUCCCAUAAUUCACAAUCGACGCCUCUCUCCUCCACUUCACUGACGACUGCCGGCAGCUCAGUCGGCACCGGUGACGUCUCCUUUCUCUCCCCAGCGAUGAUAAAUCUUCUCUCUCCCCAGUCAACGAUAUCUCCUUCUCUCUCUCCAGUCGGUGACAUCUCCCACAGUCCCGACUCAAACACUCACCCAACUCAGGCAGAAACUUGUCUCCCACCCCCGUGUGAACUCUGCCACCCUCGCUGACACUCUCCAAAUCUCCGUCGAUCAUGCUAGGCUCGUUCUCGACACUCUCAUCUCGGUUCUCCACUCUGAGACAGACUCUUUUGUCAAGGCCCAACCCGGAGAGAUUGACUCCGUCGGAGCUGAUUUGCGUGAUCUGAUAUUAUUUUUAUAUAUACAAUCGUAUAAGAGGUUGUUACCUAGGACUCAUAAGGACUCUGCUGCCGUUACCGAUGUCUGGCUGUCCAUCUCAGCUUUCGAUGGGUUCCUGUCGGCUUUAUCGCCACUUCAGAAAUAUUGGUUUGGUUUAGUUGGUCGAUUUGCAAAUGCUGUCAAAUUCUAAUUGGUACGCAAAGUACAAGAUUUACUUUGAAUGAAAAGAUGAGCAGAUGCGGAGAGUCAUACAUGGUUGGUGCAUGGUAGAUUUACUGUGUAAUCAAUCCUGGAAAAUUUUCAGAUUGGUCUUGCUUUGGUGAGGACACUACUAUAUGCUACAAGGCUUGCUACCUGUAAGCUUGGAAAAGUACAAGAUUCAUGCGUGUACCGUGACACAGAGCAGUAUCCUGGAUCGACAAGUGUCAAUGGAGUCCUAGCCUUGCAACUUGGUUCUCCUGUCUACUUUGCCAUCUUUGAAUGAAAAGCACUUUUGUAAGAAACGAUGACUUGUCUCUUGAUAUGCCUUUAGAUAGCGAUGUCUUUAGAGUACCUCCUGGUUAUAAUGCUCCUCAACAGGUUCAUAUAACACAAGGGGAUUAUGAAGCAAACAGUGUGAUUGUCUUUUGGGUCACUCCAGAUGAACCCGGUUCACGAACAAUGAUUUAUUGGGCUGAAAAUAGUGAGCUCAAGAAUCGUGUAGAUGGCUUAGUUGUUAAGUACAAGUACUUCAAUUAUACUUCUGGUUACAUUCAUCACUGCACCAUCAAGGAUUUGGAGUUUGACACUAAAUAUUACUAUCAGGUUGGUACUGGAAAAGCAAGCAGGCGAUUUUGGUUCAUCACCCCUCCUAAAUCUGGCCCAGAUGUUCCUUAUACUUUUGGCCUUAUAGGGGAUCUUGGCCAAACCCAUGACUCCAAUCAAACGCUUACCCAUUAUGAGUUUAAUCCUAUAAAGGGACAGACAAUAUUGUUCGUUGGAGACCUGUCCUAUGCAGAUGAUUAUCCAUUUCAUGACAAUGUGAGGUGGGAUACAUGGGGAAGGUUUAUUGAAAGGAAUGCUGUCUAUCAGCCUUGGAUUUGGACCGCAGGGAAUCAUGAACUUGAUUUUGCACCUCAAUUUGGUGAACCUAUGCCCUUCAAGCCUUAUUUGCACAGAUAUCAUGUCCCAUAUACUGCAUCUGGAAGCGCAUCUCCUCUUUGGUAUUCCAUAAAGAGAGCCUUAACAUAUAUCAUUGUCAUGUCCUCUUACUCAGCAUUUGGGAAGUACUCUCCACAAUACAAAUGGCUAGAACAGGAGCUGCCUAAAGUGUAGGUGUUACUUCCAUAGAUACAACAGGCAUCGAAACACUCAUUGAAAUAAGCAAAAUGUUGCAAGCAAAAAGCAUUAAGUUUGCAGAAACUUGUAGAAGACCAAAAUCAUAUGAUAGCUCAAAUGCGUGAUGAACUACAGGCAGCGAAGAUGGGACAGCAGUCUUCCUCAUUGAUACCAUCAUCAUCUGAUAUUCAUCCGGCUAAUAGAUUUCUUGGUGAUUCACAUAUGGAUUAGCAUGAUGUCAUUUCUCACUGACUUAAAUAAUAUAUUUUAUGAUAUGAAUUUUAUACUAUUUGGAUCCAUUAUGUAUUUUGAGAUAUUUUAAGUUUCUUGGUGUUGAACUAUAAUAAUGUUUUGGACUUUUA